UUUCAAAAUAAAAUUGUUCAAGUACACACGCUUUUAAAUUUUUAAUUUCAAUGCCAAUAUACUGUUCCCCUUCCUGCAGUCAGCCAGUCAGUCAAAUACUACGUUUGCUGAACUGUGAGAGGGAAACAGAGUCUGCUAAGAAAUGCAAACGGCUGAGUCCAGUUUGGAACUCGGAGGAGCGGCGAUGGUGUCUACACAAUGGGAGUAUGUUAAGAAAGCUGGUCGGCAUAGUACGUAAGCCGUUACAUCAGGUGUGCAGCUUUAUGUUUGAGUUAACAAUGAAAAAGUUUGGCGAGAUAACUAAUCCAAAAUGCUCGCGCUGGACUUACUGCCGGGUGCCGCUCGUACGGCCGGAUACUUGUGCGCUCUAUGAUGGCAUUUACGAUCGUCAGGGCAAUCUUCGACCAGUUUUCCAUCCGUAUAUUCUUCAUUUAGUUGUUGCAAUAUUGCGUCACUAUUUGAAUUUACCUUGCGCGGUGGAAAAGCCACCAAGUAAAAGGCCAGAGUAUGAAAUGUUUGUCAGCAGGAAGGGGACAACGUGCAAGGACUUUUUUAAACCGCGCAGGAAGCGUGGAAAGAGAUUCGGGAGGGGCGGAAGAGGCGGUAAAGGUGGUUCUGGUGGUGGUGCUGGUGGUGGUGGUGGAGGAGGUGGCGGUGGUGAGGGUGAUGAUGACGAUGAUGAUGGYUUUGAUGAUGAUGAUUUGGCAGACUUAAACGACUUCUUGAAUAAUUCCACGUUUGGCGAUGAGUUUGGAGAUGGCAGGGGUGGUGACGACAAAGAUGGUAAAGGUAGAGGUGGUAAAGGUGGGAAAGGUGGUAAGGGACAAGGUGGAGAUAGCGAUAGUGAUGACGAUGAUGAUGAUGGUGUUGGCGACGAUGGCGCUAAAAUGAAGAAAAACAUCGCCGAUAUUUCUGACUUGUACUCAAGUAUAGUGGAGACAAAACGCAUGGUUAAGAAAAAGCCAAAACCACCUAAGAGAAGACCUUUCAGAGGAGCCGGUCGGCAAUACAUGGGAGUGAUCUUACCAGUGUUAAUGCAUGAGCCAUUUGAUGAUACAAAACCGUGGACCUGGAUCCGUCGCCAUCCUAUACAAGAACGGGUGCUUGAAGGAACUACAUUAGGACGUGCCAAGAUACACAAGUACAAGCGUGAAACUCUUGAGGUACAAUACAUAAAAGCGAGACAAAGGAAUUCAGUCCGCAGUUUGUAUGGGGUUAAGGAUCAUCCAUCGAUCAUUUCUUAUGACUUGUUUGGCAAGGGUGAAAGACCAAAGAAAGCCCCGCCUUUGGUUAAACCUUUCAACUAUAAAAAACUGUUGGAGAGGAAUGACGUUGCCAAUAUGUCACGCCGCAAUAAGAGUCAAAUAAAAGCAGGACAGAAAGCCAAAUAAUAGAAAGAUGUCGAGCUCUCGAAAUAUGCACGGAUAUUCACAUAGGCAAAUUUUUAUCCAUAUUUAUAGUGCGAAGCAUAUAGUGAAUGUAAUUUUAUUGAAACGACGCACUAGUCCGUAUUAUGCUCUCAAAGGUUUAACCCACUAUAGUACACCCAUCUUGACUAAUCGAAAAUUUGAUUUUAAUGCAACUACGA